GAAUUAUUCACACACGACACUUCCAUUCUUCAAAUAAAAACUCUCCCCAUCUUCUUUUUCCUUCCUCUCUCUACUCUCAGAAUCAGCCAUUCUUAAAUCUUUCAAUACAUUCAAAAAUACCCAAAAAAUGCGCAUCCUUCUUAUUCUUCUUCUCUUUCUCCUUCUUCGUUUCAUCAAUGGCAGAACAUUACCUGAACACAAAGCUUUACUUGGUAUAAAAUCCGCCAUUACUGACGACCCACAAGCUUCUCUUUCUUCCUGGACGCCAACAACCCAUCAUUGCACAUGGGCAUUUGUCACUUGUUCUUCUUCUUCUUCUUCUCGUCAUCAAACUGUUGUAUCACUCAAUAUCUCCGGUUUAAAUCUCACCGGGAUUCUUUCUCCUGAUAUUGGGUUUCUCACUAACCUUCAAAACCUUUCUGUUGCAGCUAACUCAUUUUCUGGUCCUAUCCCAUCUUCAAUCUCUAUCCUGUCUGAACUGCGCCACCUGAAUAUUUCCAAUAAUAUAUUCAAUGAGACUUUACCUUCUUCUCUUUCUUCAUUGAAGAAACUAAAUGUUCUUGAUGUUUAUAAUAACAAUAUUACUGGAAUUCUUCCUUUGAGUGUGGUGGAUAUGCCGGAACUCCGGCACCUUCAUUUGGGUGGGAACUAUUUUGCCGGUGAGAUUCCGGUGGAGUAUGGUAAAUGGAAAAAACUUGAGUAUCUUGCUGUUUCUGGUAAUGAACUAGUAGGAAAGAUUCCUCCAGAGAUCGGGAAUUUGAGUGCGUUAAAAGAGCUUUAUAUUGGAUACUAUAAUGGUUAUUCAGGUGGGAUUCCGCCGGAAUUCGGGAAUUUGAGUGAGUUAGUGCGUUUUGAUGCUGCUAAUUGUGGGUUAUCUGGGGAAAUUCCUAAAGAGUUGGGGAAUCUUAAGAAACUUGACACUUUGUUUCUUCAAGUGAACACACUUUCUGGGUCACUCCCAACUGAGUUAGGAUCUUUGAAUAGUUUAAAAUCCAUGGACUUGUCUAAUAAUCAGUUGUCUGGUGAGAUUCCUGACUCUUUUUCUCUUCUUAAAAAUUUAACCCUUUUGAAUCUUUUCAGAAACAAGCUACAUGGUGGUAUACCUGAGUUUAUUGGGGAUUUGCCUGAGUUAGAAGUUCUUCAGUUGUGGGAGAAUAACUUUACUGGGAGUGUGCCAGAAAAAUUGGGGAGUAAUGGGAAUUUGCAGCUUUUAGAUCUUUCUUCUAAUAAACUUACUGGUAGUUUACCACCAGAUCUUUGUAAAGGAGAAAAGCUACAAACAUUGAUAACAUUGGGGAAUUUCUUGCUUGGUCCAAUUCCUGAGAGUUUAGGGAGUUGUAAAUCUCUUACAAGGAUUAGAAUGGGGGAGAAUUUCUUAAAUGGGUCUGUUCCUAAAGGUUUAUUUGGGCUUCCAAAACUUACUCAAGUUGAACUUCAGAAUAAUCUUUUGACUGGGGAUUUCCCUGAUACAGAUGAUUCUGUUGCUGUUAAUUUGGGGCAGAUUUCUCUGUCCAAUAAUCAGCUCACUGGGAAAUUACCUGCUAGUAUUGGGAGUUUUUCUGGAGUUCAGAAGUUGUUGCUUGAUGGGAACAAGUUUACAGGGAUUAUCCCAUCUGAGAUUGGGAAGUUGCAACAACUUUCUAAGAUUGAUUUUAGUAGCAAUAAAUUUUCUGGUGAAAUCCCACGUGAGAUUAGCCAAUGUAAGCUUCUUACAUUUGUUGAUCUUAGCAGAAAUCAGUUCUCCGGUGAGAUUCCAAAGGAGAUUACAGGUAUGAGGAUAUUGAACUAUUUGAACAUUUCAAGGAAUCAUUUGAAUGGUAGUAUACCCAAAUCAAUCUCUACUAUGCAAAGUUUAACAUCUGUUGAUUUUUCAUACAACAAUUUCUCUGGAUUAGUACCUGAAACUGGACAGUUUAGCUACUUCAACUACACAUCUUUUCUGGGUAACCCUGAUUUGUGUGGCCCUUUUUUAGGUCCUUGUAAAAAUGGUGUUAUGGGUUCUUCCCAACCACCUCAAAAGAAAGGCCUUUCUGCUUCAAUGAAGCUACUCUUAGUGAUUGGCCUUUUGCUCUGUUCUAUUAUAUUUGCCAUUGCUGCCAUUAUCAAAGCUCGUUCUCUUAAGAAAGCGAGUGAGGCUCGAGCUUGGAAGCUAACCGCCUUUCAACGGUUAGACUUCAUUGGAGAUGAUGUGUUAGAUUGCUUGAAGGAAGAUAACAUAAUUGGGAAAGGUGGUGCUGGGAUCGUUUAUAAAGGGUCUAUGCCUAAUGGGGAUCAAGUAGCUGUCAAAAGACUUCCUGUAAUGAGUAGGGGAUCAUCUCAUGAUCAUGGGUUUAAUGCUGAAAUUCAGACUUUAGGCAAGAUUAGACAUAGACACAUUGUUAGACUAUUAGGGUUUUGCUCAAACCAUGAGACAAACCUUUUAGUGUAUGAGUAUAUGCCUAAUGGAAGCUUAGGGGAAGUGUUACACGGUAAGAAAGGCGGUCAUUUGCAUUGGGAUACACGGUAUAAAAUCGCGGUUGAGGCAGCUAAGGGCCUUUGCUACCUCCACCAUGAUUGUUCACCUUUAAUCGUUCAUCGAGAUGUUAAAUCGAACAACAUUCUUUUGGAUUCAAGCUUUGAGGCUCAUGUUGCUGAUUUUGGGCUUGCCAAAUUCUUGCAAGAUUCAGGCACUUCUGAGUGCAUGUCUGCCAUUGCUGGUUCCUAUGGUUACAUUGCCCCAGAAUAUGCGUACACAUUGAAGGUUGAUGAGAAAAGUGAUGUUUACAGUUUUGGCGUAGUUCUGUUAGAACUUAUAACGGGCAGGAAGCCUGUAGGAGAAUUUGGUGAUGGGGUAGAUAUCGUUCAAUGGGUGAAAAAACUGACGGAUGGGAACAAGGAAGGAGUCCUUAAGAUCAUGGAUCCUAGACUUCCCUCGCUUCCACUCCAUGAAGUAAUGCAUGUGUUUUACGUUGCAAUGUUGUGUGUCGAAGAACAGGCAGUAGAACGACCUACUAUGCGCGAGGUAGUUCAAAUACUCUUGGAGAUCCCAAACCCGGUAACCACUACCAAGCAAGAGGAAGCCUCACCCUUGGAAUCUUCUCAAGGAAGUACGGAUGUGACUGUUUCUCCAACAAAAGAAAACCGAACACCUCCUAAAUCACCACCAACAGAUCUUCUUAGUAUUUAGUGACGUUUAAACGGAACUUGACUAAAUCGCUCUCGAAGCAAUCAAUGAGAGUGGGAAGUAACUUGAUUUUCAGUGUUUUUUAGUUUGUUUGGGGAAGGGGAGACAGAUAAAAUAGAAGUAUUUCUGGGUUGUACAGUUUUGUAUUGGUUGGUGUUAACCCUUUAAAGUAGGUUUCUUUGCUCACAUUUAAGCAUUGCUCCCUUGUUUGAUCUUUCACAAUGCUGCUGGUUUUCCUUA